AUGUCCUCUCUCAUCAGAAGAUACUCGACAGUGUCAAAUCGUCUCAAGGAGUCCUUGCACAACCAAGCUCUACUUAAGACCGCCGCAUAUAUCAAUGGCCAAUGGGUAGAUGCUAAAUCAACCUUUCCAGUGUACGAUCCAGGCUUUUAUCCCAAGCCAGAGGCCAAAAUCGCUGAAGUAGGCUCGUAUACGCCCGAAGAUUUUGACAAUGCUGUAGAAGCUGCCAAUGACGCUUUCAAGCUGUUCAAGAAAACCACGGGCCGGCAAAGAGCGGAAUUGCUUAUGAAAAUGUACACCUUGAUGAAAGAGAACCAAGAUGACUUGGCCAAGAUGAUUGUGUUUGAGAAUGGAAAACCAUACAAUGAUGCUUUUGGUGAAAUCAACUACGCGGCGUCAUUCUUCCAGUGGUUUAGUGAGGAGGCUGCGCAUGUCACUGGAGAUAUCAUUUCUUCUGCCAACUCUCAGAAUCGGAUCUUAUCGAUUCGUCAACCUAUUGGAGUAUGUGGAAUUUUGACACCAUGGAACUUCCCUGCUGCAAUGAUCACGAGAAAAUUGGCUGCAGCCACCUCCGUGGGAUGUACCACCGUUAUUAAGCCAGCGUCCGAGACUCCAUUGACUGCGCUUGCAUUGGCGCAAUUGGCCGAGGAGGCUGGCUUCCCUAAAGGUGUGGUCAAUGUAAUACCCUCUGAAAACAGCUCCGAGGUGGGUAAGGCCUUGUGUGAGCAUCCAAUAGUCAAGAAGGUGUCGUUUACUGGAUCUACGAAUGUGGGUAAGAUUUUGAUGAAGCAAUCGGCAUCCACAUUGAAGAAGUUAUCGUUUGAGCUUGGUGGAAAUGCCCCCUUUAUUGUGUUUGAGGAUGUCGACGUGGAUAACGCCGUUGAUGGUAUUAUCGCUUCCAAAUUCCGUAGUAGUGGUCAGACAUGUAUCUGCGCCAACCGAAUCUUUGUUCAUGAGAGCAUUUACGACGAAGUUGCCAGCAAGUUGGUUGCCAAAGUCAAGGAAACCACCGUGUUGGGCCAUGGUCUCGAUAAGGCUACCACACAUGGUCCGGUGAUCCAUGAGCGCUCAUUGGCUAAAGUUAAAGAGCAUGUCAAAGAUGCUACUUCUAAAGGUGCAGAAUUGCUUCUUGGAGGCCAAGUUAGACCCGAGUUGGGCGACUACUUCCACGACUUGACCAUCUUAGGCAAUGUAACUCCAGAAAUGGAUAUCUUCCACGAGGAGACAUUUGGUCCUGUGUGUCCAUUGAUCAAGUUCUCUAGUGAUGAGGAGGUGUUGAAGUUGGCCAAUAAUACCGAUGUGGGCUUGGCCGGCUACUUCUACACAAAGGACGUUUCACGAGUGUUUUCUGUGGCCGAGCAAUUGGAAGUGGGCAUGAUCGGUGUGAAUACUGGAGCCAUCUCGGAGGCUGCGCUUCCAUUUGGAGGUGUGAAGGAGUCUGGAUUUGGAAGGGAGGGCUCUAAAUUCGGAGUCGACGACUACACUGUCGUUAAGUCGUUGGUGGUCGGUGGUAUUGCUUAG